AGGGUUUUUUGUACAGCUUUUGGAAUAAUACAUUUUAACGCAUCGUGUUAGAUAUUUUAAUUAUUGUUUAAAAUAAGCUAUUGAUUAGGUCACUGCCAAAAGAAAAAUGCAUUUUACAGUAGUAUCAAGAGCUUAUUAAAAGAAUUGUUAGUCUUGUGGCAUUAUAUGUGACUUGUGUACUAAGCAUACACACAAACACAUACACACAUCUAAAAUCAGGCACAUCUUAAAAUGUUUGUACUUAUUUUGUAAGAACCUGUUUGGUGUAUGUGCCAGAAGUGGUGUGUUUCUAGGGCCAGAAUGACCGUUUAUAUGUAUUCGGCGGGCUUCGAGCGAUGCUAUAAGUAUAAAUAUAUGUCUUGAGAUGCAAAUAAAAAUUGAUUUAACAGGAUAUUUGCUGAAUUAAAUAUUCAUUUUGCUGAUUACCCAUCUUCGCGGUUCAUGAACAUUCAAAAGGUUGAAAAUAGCUUUAAACUUCAAUCCUCUGGAUAACAAGGAUGGCAUCCUGAUGUAUUGCGCCCAAAGUGAUGAAGGACUUGGAGACUUCGUGGCGUUAAUAAUCAAGGAUAAAUGCAUCGAGUUUCGGUACGAUAUUGGUUCCGGUUUGGCAAUCAUUAGAUCAAACCAUAUUCUCCAACCUGGUGUGUGGACGCAUGUCUCUAUAAGUAGAGAAUUCAGGGAAGGGAAUUUAACUAUAAAUGGAGAACCUACAAUAGGAGGCAAGUCUCCUGGAAUUUCCCGCACGAUGACACUCAAUACACCCCUUUACCUUGGAGGUGUAGAUCGAAGAAGAAUUAUAGUGAACAAAAAUGUUGCUGUGAACAGAACUUUUCAUGGUUGUAUUAGUGAUCUUGGAGUGUCUUCAGCAAAUGUGGAUAUAUUAAAGUCAGCUAUAGACUCUACAAAUAUAGACGACUGCAACGUUUUGCAUCCUAAUCAAACCAAGUUGACUACUGUAAUCACUACUUCACCGUCUACGACGACUCCCUAUGAUCCUUGUGCCUUAAAACCUUGCAUUCACGGAAUGUGCCAGAGUACUGAUUCAUAUGAUUAUUCAUGUACUUGUGAAUAUGGUUAUGUGGGCAGAAACUGUGAAAAUAUCCUAAAGCAAUGUGAACUGCUUCUUCCCUGUAGAAAUGCAGGCACCUGUACAGAUCUCCAUGGAUCUUAUAAAUGUGACUGUCAACUAGGUUACAAUGGGCAGAAUUGUGAAAAAUUGACAGAGAUAACAUAUGAUGUUGCGUUCAAAGGAAAUGGCUGGUUAGAGUUGGAUAAGUCUGUAAUGACACACGAAGAGGAGCGUGAAGUGUUGGGCUUUGAAAUUUCAACAAACAAAACUAGAGGACUAAUUAUGUGGCAUGGACAAACACCAAAUGAUUUAAAUCCUGAUCACUAUAUGGCUCUUGCCGUGGUUGAUGGCUAUGUAGAGUAUCAAUAUGAUUUAGGCACUGGCCCAGUAGUAAUCCGCGUCACUGCACAAAAAGUAGAUGAUGGAGAAAGACACAGAAUAAUUUUAAAACGCCAGGGAAGUGAUGGUAGCAUUGAAUUAAAUGGUGAACACAUGGAGAGUGGUGCCAGUUAUGGAACACAGCAAGAUCUAAAUACUAGAGGUAGUGUAUACCUAGGGGGAGUGCCUGAUUAUGCAAUGACUUAUGGAAAAUACCAAGAAGGAUUUUCUGGCUGCAUUUAUACCAUGGAGGUGCAAGAUUCUGGAGCCAUAGAUAUUGGGGAAAAAGCUAUAAGAGGGAAAAAUGUUUCACCGUGUACUAGAGCAAGGUGGAUCCCCUCUUCCUUGGUAUUUACAAAUGCAGAUACAGAUAUCUUCGACGCAUUUAUUCCUCCACCUCCUGUGAAUAUAAUCCACCCAAAACCAGCGGCAAAUUUAGCCACUUAUAGUAUCAAACAUUACUCGUUAUUAAUCCUACUUCAAAAUCUGCUUGCCUUUACUAUGGAUGUUAGAGAGCAAAGCGUGCUUUUCACAGUAUUAUGCAUAGACACUAUAAAUGCAAUGAAAUGUAUAUUGAGUUAAGUGUUAUUUAUUAAAUGAGUAUGUGUUCCUUCAUAAAUAGCGCAUUUAAUAAUGAAGAAACGCGUAUUCAGUGGUAACGCGCGGAAUUAAUCCAAUUUGUAAAUUGUUUAAUGCUUCAUUGACAUUGUGAGCAAGUUAUUUGGACGAUAGACUUCCGAGAUGAGGUGACCUUGGAAUUCAGAAAGAUAUAGAAGAAAUUUAUUUAUGUUAAGGAAUAUUUAUUAGUUGUAUUGUAAAAGUAAC